UCACAGAACGAGGUGCCAGAAGGGAUCCGAUCGUCCUCCCACAACAAGUAUUCAGCAGAAGCAAACGAACAGGUUGAUUGUGAGCAGGCGAAGCAUCUCGGGGCUGUGGAUGUUUCUUUAAGCGAGGAGACCAGAGAGGCUCUGCUCAACUGGAGCAAACACGACGACGAGGCCGAACGCUUCUGCCUGGUUGACGACGAGGGGUCACCAGACUCCCAGUAUGUCGACCUGCUGCUGAACCCGGAGCGCUUCACGGGAUACAGAGGACCGGAAGCCUGGCAGAUCUGGAACAGCAUCUAUGAGGAGAACUGCUUCAAGCCGUAUACAGUCAGGCGUCCACUUAUUCCCAACUCAUUCCACAGCAGCUCAGGAAGUGAAGCAAAGACCUUCUACAGCUGGCUGGAAGGUCAGUGUGUGGAGAAGAGGGCUUUCUACCGGCUCAUCUCUGGCCUCCAUUCCAGCAUCAACAUCCACCUGAGCGCCAGAUACCUCUUGGAUGACAGCUGGUUUCAGAAGAAGUGGGGUCACAACGUGUCUGAGUUCAGGCAGCGGUUUGAUUCGGAGCUGACGGCCGGCGAGGGGCCCAAGAGGCUCCGCAACCUCUACUUCCUGUACCUGAUUGAGCUGCGAGCGCUGGCCAAAGUUCUGCCGUUCUUCCAGCAGACGUCCUUCCGGCUGUACACCGGCAGACCCGAGGAGGACCAGAAGCACAAAGAGCUGCUGCUGCACAUUCUGCAGCUGGCCAGAUCGUUCCCGCUGCACUUCAAUGAGACAUCUCUGUUUGCCGGCGAUGAAAAGGAAGCAGCCAAACUGAAGGAGGACAUCAGACUGGCCUUCCUCAACAUCUCCAGGAUCAUGGACUGUGUGGGCUGCUUCAAAUGUCGACUGUGGGGGAAACUGCAGACUCAGGGAUUAGGAACGUCAUUAAAGAUUUUGUUUUCAGAGCGACAGAUUGAAGCUCUGCCCGCGUCCAGCAACCAGCGACCCAGUUUCCAGCUCAGCCGCCAGGAGAUCGUCUCCCUGCUCAACGCCUUCGGAAGGAUUUCCACGAGCAUCAGAGAGCUGAAGAACUUCAGAGCGCUGCUGGCGGAGGAGCGGUGACGCCACUGAGACACGUUGUCCAGUCGACUCUUCUGCCUUAAGUCCUGCUGAAAUAUCACAUCACAGACAAACAUCAGAGAGUUUAAAUCCUUUGUCUAGAAUUAAAAUGAAACUUUGUUUUGACAAGACAAUGUGCCUUCUAUUACUGAUGUGGCUUAAAGUAAUUUGUUGAGUGAAACUGUAAAAACGUCAGCUGUAAGGAGAGACUGAGGAGUGUAACCUGCUUUAAUGUCAUGUAUUUAGAAGAAUUUAGAGAAGGAUCAAGAAUUCAAACAUGCCACUUCAUAUGCAAACUGUCUGCUGCUUUGCGUAAUCAAACAUAUUUCAGUAUAGUGACCAGUUGUAAAGUGUUUUUGUAAUUGCGUGCCUGCGUCCUGAGGAUGGCGCUGUUUGUAAAGGAAGCUGAUUUAUACUGCUAAAUGCAAAAAUGUUCUAGCUUUUAAAAAUCCUUAUUUUAUGUAAACAGGAAUAAAAAUCUGCAGGUUGUUAAGGUAAAAGUGUAUUGGAAUUAAAUUAAUAUAUUUUUAGAUAUAUAUUGUUUUUAAUAUUUUCUUUAUCGCUAUCAUAGGCUUUCAUAAGACCAUGACCUAUUGCUUAACCUGUGUGUGUGUGUGUGUGUGUGUGUGUGUGUAUUCAUUAACCCACUCUAUCAGUGGGUCUGGGUUAAUGAUGCCUUCGGGUACACUUGGAGAACUCAAAACGUCCAUGUUCAGGCUGUUUGUUGUUACAAAUAAUGCUUAUAAUGGAACUUGUUUGUGGUAAAUUUUAGGAAUCCGUCAGCAACGAUCACAAAACAUUAAUAAAAGUGUUUCGACACAGA